AUGUUAUCAUUAUCUUAUCUUGAUCCCCAUUCUAAACAAUGUGAACAAGAAGUUCAAAAUAUAAUUCAUUUACAAAAUGUAGCAAAUCAGUUGCUAGAUGCAUUCACUGAUUUAAAAAGAGUGACUAAAUCUGACAUACCAACUGCAAAUGCUCCAAUUCGAAUUGAUGUCCCUGAAGGACAAUUACCUGUAGCAAAUGAAUCUAAGGCACGUUUAAAGCGUGGUAGACCAAUUGGUUCCAAAGAUAAAAAUCCUCGAAAGAAAAGAGUAGCAAAUGACCAAGAUGUAUACAUCAAAGAGGCAAGUUCUCAUGAAGAGAAUAGAGACAUUUAA